CUUGGGCUCGAUGUUUUCCAAGAUGGCGGCCUCCAUGCCCAUGCGACAGUAUUUGCUCUGCUUUGCACAGGAACACAUUGAAUUUAGACUGGCGGAACUAAGUGCCAUUACUUCAUUUUUUGGUAUCAAAGCAGAGUUGAACGACACCGAGUAUGAUCACCAUAAUCCGUUCCUCCUUCUCAGACUUCCCUCGGAAUCCUGUGCCCACAAGAUCAUGGGUAGGACGAUGCUGGGUCGCUUCAUGAUCGAAGUCUGGGGCCAUGGAAACUCCUGGUCAGAACUCUACGAGUCGCUCAAUAAAGUUCCCGAGCAGAACAAAGCACCGUAUAACCUUCCGGAGACGAGUUUCUGUUUUAAAAUGCGGACGCUUGGAAAAAAGCUCGGAAUGGAAGAGAAGUUGGCCACGAUCGAGGGCCUUGCAGAGUGCCUGGACUUUAAAGCUAAAGUUGAUUUGAGGAAUCCGGAGCAUGUAUUUCAUGUGUACGCCGAUUAUGGCUUGGUACCUAAUCAAGGUCCGAAGGAACCGUACAAAGUUUAUUUUGGCCGCUUGAUCUCCGAAGGCCAACGUCAACUGGAACAGCAAUACUCCAUCAAGAAGCGUCACUUCAUCGGCAACACAAGCAUGGAUGCCACACUCUCACUCCUCAUGGCAAACCAAGCAAAGGUCAAGCCCGGUAUCGUGACCUUUGACCCGUUCGUUGGCACAGGGAGUCUGCUCAUAGCUGCCGCGCAUUUCGGGAGUUACGUCAUGGGGGGCGACAUCAACGCAAACAUUAUUCACGGACGUGGGAAGACGAGUAGGAAAGGAGUUCCUCGGUAUCGAGGUGAUGAUGAGAACAUCCGAGCCAACUUAAGACAGUACGGCUUGGAGCAUCUCUACUUGGAUGUCCUCGUGUCUGAUUUCUCCAGUCAAGUAUGGAGGGAGCGUCCUCUGUUCGAUGCCAUCAUCACCGAUCCUCCAUAUGGUAUUCGUGAAUCAACAAGAAAGAUUGGGACUGCAAAAUCCUCAGAACCAUCCGCAGAAUCAAACACAGGACCAGCCACAGAAACACCCACAGGAACUGAUGAACAGUCUGAGCAGCACAUUCCAGCAAAGACCUCCUACGUCCUGUCAGAUAUCUUCACCGAUUUGCUGAAUUUCUCAGCUCAGUAUCUCUGUCUAAACGGCAGGCUCGUCUUUUGGUUACCUGUUUAUAGACCAGAAUACACCGAAGCCCAAGUACCCCACCAUCCAUGCCUCAAGUUGAUCGCUAACAGUGAGCAGCCCCUCAGUUCAUAUAUGGGUAGACGGCUCAUAACUAUGGAGAAGACAAAACACAUAGAGGAUCUUGAGGAAGACGUGGCUGCUGAAAUCCAACAAGACUGUUACCAAGACCACAAUUCCAUUAGGGAGAAGGUCAUUGGUCUACAAUUCAGGAUCCAACGGAUUAAACAGACAUGUAGUAAAACAUGACAGGCUGGAAUUGUUUUACAUACGGACAGUGGAAAACAGCAGGACUGCGGCAGCCCAUUUCACAAACCGCAAGGAUUAAUCCUACCUGGAGUUAGGUCGGGUAAUUUGUCGGAACUUAGGAUGGGUUCGAUGUGUCCUUACGUUUUCAGAUCCGGAACUGAGCUCGACCCAAGAUUAAUCCUAAGUUAGGAAGAGUUUGGUGAAAUCGACAACUUGAAUUUCAUCUUAGAGAGGACAAGGCACUUUACAACUUAAAAGGGGAAUUCCAUUGGAUGGAAGGUCUAUGGGAACCUCAUGAAGGUGCACCAAUGCUAAGACCAGGGCAUCAUAGGGCAUGGGAACCUCUGAAGGUGCACCAAUGCUAAGACCAGGGCAUCAUAGGGCAUGCCCUCCGUGUAAUUCAAGGCCAUGGGAAAAGCGGGCAAAAAGAUUUGUGUUGAGAUUUACUUUGUUGGAAUCUGACUCCAUUAAGUAGAAGGAGAACGGUCCACAAGUUGGAGUCCAUCAAAUGAGACAAUCACUGUGAUACAUGUACAUGAACAUCAUCAUCAUCAUCCUUCAUAAGAAUAGUAGAAGCAGCUUUGAUGAAAUGGUGCCAGGUUGCUUUAUCCCUCAUGAGUUGUUGGAUUUCGUUUGGAUUGAGAUUUGUGUCUUUGGUGAUGGUGUCUGGGUAGCUCAUUUUCCUCCUGCCAUGAUUUGGAUGUCCACUAGAAGGAUUCUAGAAGAUCAGGUGCGAUAUUGGUUGAUCACCUGUAAGCAAAUAGUGGCCAGCUAACUGUAGACGUCUCAGCUCUACAGUUUCAGAUAGUGGCGGUAGAUUGUCAUAUACCUCCCUGUUUGUAUAGCAGGCUGGAUUCGUGAUAAUACUCAGACAGUGGAAAGGCAGGUAGAUUCGUUUUGAGGAGUUAUUUGUUGGUAUCUGAAAAUGAGAGAGAAGGAAAUGGUCUACACAUGUAUAUUUCAGGGUUGAACAUUAUGACGGGUAGAUUAUUCAUUUAAGCAAUGCAGAUUUGCAUCAUUGAAGAAUUUGUUUGGUAGGAUUUAAAACUUUGCAUGGUGGAAAUAUGAUAUAGAAAGGUUUGCGGUAAUACCAUGUGGUGAUGAUCUCUA